AUGAUCGAAACAUCGACUCCUACUCCUCUCGUGGAACCUUCAACAAUGGGAAAGGUCCGCGUAAGAACUGACAAGUUGGCCAAGGCAAAAGAGAAGGGGCAGUCUUUUGUUGAAACUGAUGCGCACGCACAAGGAAGGGAAGCAAAUCUGGGACCGAAAACCUCUUCGCCCACAAAAAUCGACAGGAGGCAGAAGAAAAAGAAGAAGAUCUUGGCAUCUCUGAAGAAGCAUCAUGAGAGUGUCAGCAAGGACGAUGGGGGAGGAAAGUCCGAGAGAGAUUAUGUCGAUAUCUUCUCAGGGAAGAAGAUGUAUAAACCUGCAAUCGAAAAAGGAAGAUGA